AGAUACAAUUUGGUGAAUGGUGUUAAAAAAAGUGAUGAGAUGAUUGUGGGAGGGAGAGAGGGACAUAUUGCAUAUACGGUUAAAAUUAGAACUACUCUUAGCCUCUUUUCUUCAGAAAUGUUACCCAUUUUUCCACACCCACAUUCUUCUUCUUCUCUCUCCUUCACAUGCUUUCAUUCCAUUCAUUCCCUCUUUGGAUUUUCAGCCAUGGCUCUCUCAAUUCACCCCCAUCUUUUUCUUCUCAAUGCCUCUCUCUCUCUCUUCUUUUCACUCUCUAGAAAUUGAAAGUUCAUAUCUUUCUCUUCAAUUCUCUUCUACUCUUUUCUGGGUCUAUGCCAACCUCUGUUUCUUAUGGCUGCAACCAGUGCUACCAAAAUGUUUCACAACGCCGGUGAUGUUAGUCGCCAAGAAAUUCAAGCUGCCAUUGCUAAAGCUGUCGAGUUGAGAGCUCUUCACGCUGCUCUUAUGCAAGGAAGUAGUCCUUCUAACCUUCGAUUCCCUUCAGCGUCUCCUAUCUCUCAAUUCUCUGCUCAAGAUUACCCUGUUUUCACCCCCAGUUAUGAAGAUGAGCCAACGAAUGGAUACCAUCAAGUUCCUAUGAGAAUCGGGACUUUUUCAGAAAGCUGGGAUGAGUAUGGAUUAGGAGGAGGAGGAGGAGGAGGAGGAGGAGGAGGAGGAGGAAAUGAAGAUGAAACAGUUUUAUCCGAUUAUAAGAAGGAGAUUUCAAAAGACUUUACCAAUUUAGAACCUCAUAUUUGUCCUGCUGAGGAUCAUAAGCAUCUCACCGGACAUGCUUUUCAAUCAUCGCCUGUAAAUGAUUACUUCAAAUCAUCAAGGAGGAAUAGUUUGGGGGACUCGAAAUCGGUUUCUUCAUGCAACCGAUGCAGGCCUGCGAUUAUUACGAAGGAGACCGACAAUACAGCAAAGAACAGCAGGCUUUCAAACACCAUAGUGCCACUGACAGAUUCUCACUUGUCUACUCAAUCGCAACCGAAAAGCCGGGGAGUAAUUUCGAGGUUGUUCCCGCGGUUAAAAAAGAAGAAUAAGUACGAGAAUUCCCCAAACAGGACGGAGUCAGAGGAUGUCUCUCAGAUAUUUAAGGAUUUGGGGAUAGUGUCAAUUGAAACAUUGAAAAAAGAAUUGAUUAAUGCUAACGAAACACGUGAUGCUGCGUUGAUGGAAGUUAGCGAGAUGAAGACGUCUUUAGGUGAGCUGAGGCAGAAGCUGGAGGGCUUAGAGAAUUACUGUGAGGAAUUGAAGAGAGCUUUGAAGCAAGCAACAAAUGCAAGAGAUCUUCAAACUGCUACCAAUUUGCAUAAGAGAACAACAUCAACCGCAGGGAUGAACGAAGAGAACCGAAUGCCAGUGAGCGAGGAAGUGAUGGUGGAAGGCUUCUUGCAAAUAGUAUCAGAAGCAAGGCUAUCAGUAAAACAAUUCUGCAAAACACUUGUAAGCCAGAUUGAAGAAACUGACAAUACCCUGAUGGAGAAUUUGAACUCAAUUCUACAACCUUACAAGUUAUCCCUAAAUUCCAAGUACUCAAGAGCAGUGCUGUACCAUUUGGAAGCUAUUAUUAAUCAGGCACUCUACCAAGAUUUUGAGAACUGUGUGUUUCAAAAGAAUGGCUCCCCCAAGCUGCUAGACCCUCACCAAGAUCGCCAAGCACAGUUCUCGUCAUUUGUGGCGCUGCGAAAUCUCAGCUGGAAUGAAGUGUUAAGGAAGGGAACAAAAUACUACAGCGAAGAGUUCAGCAAGUUCUGUGAUCAGAAGAUGAGUUGCAUAAUCACAACUCUGAAUUGGACCAGACCAUGGGCAGAGCAACUGCUUCAAGCAUUCUUUGUAGCAGGCAAAUGCAUUUGGCUGCUUCACUUGCUCGCCUUCUCGUUCGAUCCACCACUUAAAAUCCUUAGAGUGGAAGAGAACAGAAGCUUCGAUUCGAGUUACAUGGACGACGUGUUUGCAGAGAGGCAGAAAAAUGGUCCGAGCCGGGUUAAGAUCAUGGUGAUGCCAGGGUUUUAUGUACAAGAAAAAAUUUUAAGGUGUAAAGUAGUUUGCAGGUAUAAGUCACUUGCUUAAAAGUGUUUGGGGGAUUGUUCUUUAUUGUCCUUUUUGUUGAGAUUUCCCCAAAGUUAUUUAACAUCUCAACUCAAUUAGAUGUUCAUAUGUUGGGGUUUGUAAGGUGAUCAUCUUAUAUACUUCUUCAUAUUCAUGCCA